AUGCCUAAGGAGAAAUCAGGAUCCCGUAACGUAUUGGUAGUUGUAGACCGUUUUACGAAGAUGGCCCAUUUCAUUCCAAUGACGGGAAUCAACGCGGAACAGACCGCUAACACAUUCGUCAAAGACAUCUGGCGUUUUCACGGACUUCCUAGGAGCAUCGUCUCGGACAGAGGAACACAGUUCGUAUCAGCAUUCUGGGCGGCAAUUACGGAAAGGUUGGGAAUUCGUAGGAGACUCUCUACUUCUUUCCACCCACAGACCGAUGGCCAGACAGAAUGGACCAUCCAGCACAUGGAAGGUUACAUUCGGGCAUAUACGGCAGGGACAGGCAAGAAAUGGAAGGACCUGUUACCUAUCUGCGAAUACGCCUACAACAAUGCGAAGCAUACGUCGACCGGGCAAUCACCGUUCUACUGCAACUAUGGUUUCCAUCCCCGAACGGACUGGCCUACGGAUGCAGAGAUCGAACGAUUAUAUGCCAGUGGGAACAACUACUUGGACGAGAUCAUUACGGCUCAUGAGUUAGCGAGAGAUACGCUACAGAAGACUUUCGACAGGAUGGCAUCAAAGCCAGGACCAGCAGUACAGCGGUUCACUAUCGGUCAGAAGGUCUUGCUGGAUACUCGAAACCUAGGAGGAUACUCCAAGUGGUCAGACAAGUUUACAGGACCAUUUACGGUUUCAGCAGUGGUGGGCAAUCGGGCUUACCGUCUCGAACUUCCGGUAGAAUGGAAGGUUCACGACGUCUUUCACGAGAUGCUGCUGCGACCCUAUCGCGAGGACCCGGAUCCAACCAGGCGGCAAAAUACACGCAAACGACUGGCAACACCCGAGCCACAAGAAGCAUUGGCGGAGGAGAACUUCCAGCCGACUGUGAACAUACGACCCCACACACGAAGUCAAGGCCCAGCUAUCGAUGACGAACGGGCUCAUAAACGACAACGGAAUAGGCGGGACUAA